AUGUCCCCAGCAGGCUCCCAGGAGGCCGCUGUGGGGAUGCUGCUAAGGGCUGACACAGGCCUGAAGCCUGGGAGGCGACGGCCCUGGCACUCUGAGGGCAGUGAGGAGGAGGAUGGUGGGCUCCGUGUCUCCCAGCAGACUGCAGGACAGUGCGGUGACGGAGAAGAGAGAGGAGACCAAGACGCUGAAGUUACAUAGCUCAUUGAAGGGAGGAUGCUAGAAUGUCACAGGCAGAGAGGCGAGGAGAAUCAGGGUGACCAUGAAAUCUGUGAUCCCAGGAGGAAAGGGAAGACAUUUCAAACCUUUGGGAAAGAAGUGUGCCUCACAGAUCUUUUGAUGAGUCCUGUCCCCAGUGCUGUUCACCGAGAGCCCAUCUGCUCUGAGUACCAGUCCAGAUUUGGGGGCCACCUACCGGUGCCCAGGGCUGAGGCAGCUCUACCUUACUGGGUCCCUCUGUCCCUGAGACCCCGAAAGCAGAUCCAAAAGAAGGUCUGGGUUGAUAUCCCCAAAGCCACCAAGGCAUGCCCCUGCUCAGGUCACCGCUUUGGGGGCCGCCUCCCGGUGCCUAGGGAUCAGGCUGUGAUGCCCUACUGGGUGCCCCGGGUCCUGAGAUCUUACAAGAAGAUCCAAAAGAUGGCCCAGGUUGAUAUCCCCAAAGCCACCAAGGCGUGCCCCUGCCUAGGUCGCCACUUUGGGGGCCGCCUCCCGGUGCCUAGGGAUCAGGCUGUGAUGCCCUACUGGGUGCCGCGGGUCCUGAGAUCUUACAAGAAGGUGGUAAAAAGGCAGCGGAAUUUUAAAGGCAUCAAAGAAACCCCCCUGGACUCACGCUCCUGGCACAACCGCUGGCGGAUCUGCUGCAACAGACACCUCCUUCUCAAGUGGCUGCAGCUCCAGGCCCUUCACCAGGACGGGCAGCUGGCCCCGGAGAGAACUGGCUCCCAGACCUCCUUCCUGCCUCUCUGCCUCUGCCUCCUGGCCUUUCUCCAGGCUCUCUUGAGGGCCAUCACUGUCAUUCGCCAUUUUUGGGGUGUUUGAAGUUGGAAUCUUCACCUAGUAUCAAGAACAUCAACAAAAAUGUCAAUCAUAAUCAAGGUCUUUAAUGAAAGUCAAAUCAGGAGGAGUCUGUGAUAGCCACUGUUUUCUCAGAUCACAUAAUUCACACCCGAGGUUAAAUCCAAGUUAUUUAUCAUGGGGGGAUUCUUGGUUGUACAGAGUUGCUAUGAAUGCGGGUGAGAUUCUUUUAUAAAUGUAGUCAAUAAAUAUUAUUUGUGAAACUCUAAA